AUGGCUCCUAAAAAUGUAGAAAGGAAAUUGGAGAAGAAGAAUGAAUAUAAUAAAGGAGCAUGGUCUUCUGAGGAGGAUAAAAAGCUUUCUCAAUACACUCAGAUCCAUGGUACAAAAAAAUGGAAUACAGUUGCCAUCAAUUCAGGACGAACGGAUAAUGAGAUAAAAAAUUACUGGAAUUCUCAUUUGAGUAAGAGAUUAAUUAAAAAUACAACUAUUAGAAAUGGUGUUGCUCAAGAUCAGAUCCUAGAAGAGCAACACAAAUUCAUCCAUAACGUUGAGACACAACUUGUUGCUCAAGAUUCGAUCCUAGAAGAAGAACACAAAUUCAUCGAUAACGUUGAGACACAAAGCGAAUUGAGUCAAACGAGAGGACACGAAGAUGCAAAUAAUGACACCAUCACUCCCUUUGAUCCCGACAAGUUUUUUGAUUUCUCUUUAGAAGGAACUUUUGAUUUAGAAUGGGUGAACAAUUUUAUUAAGAUAGACAAGUAG